AGAUAAAGGGAGAGAGAGAGAGAGAGAGAGAGAGAGAAAGAAAGAAAGAAAGAAGAAGAAGAAGGAGGGAUAGGGAGACAGAGAGAGGGAGAGAGAAGGGGAUAGGGAAGGGGAUAGAGAGAGAGAGAGAGAAAAGGAGAAGAGGAUAGGAUAGGGAGGGAGACAUACAGAGAGAAGGGGAUAGGGAGAGAGAGAAAGAAGAGGAUAAAGAAGGAGGGUGUGAAAGAGAGAGAAGGGGAAAGAGAGAAAGAUAGAGGGAAGGGGAAAGGGAAAGGGAGAGGGAGGGAGACGAAAUAAAAAGGAGAGAGAGAGGGAGAGUGAACGGGAAGGAAAGAGAAAAAAGAUAAAGUGGAAAAAGUUAGAGGGAAACAAAAGGCACAGAAAGUUAAGGAGGAGGGGGAGAGAGUAAUAUAUUUUUGAGAGGAGAAAGGGGCCAGAAAGAGAGGGAAUAACUGGGAUAAAAAGAGGAUGAAUAGAUAGGAAAGGUGACCAAUAGAGGGAAACUAGGAGCAGACUGGGUCGGUGAGGUUCCUAGAUUAGAUAGACACUCAGACAGAGCUUGAAUUUCUCACUGAUCUUGAAAACCCCACAUGAUUUACUCCCUUCUGAACAAAAUGAAAGUAGUUGCUUUAAUAAGUGGUGGAAAGGACAGCUGUUACAACAUGAUGCAGUGUGUAGCAGCUGGACAUGAAGUGGUGGCAUUAGCUAAUUUAAGACCUGCUCAACACAAAGAUGAGCUUGACAGUUACAUGUAUCAGACUGUGGGACAUGAAGCUAUCGAUCUGUAUUCUGAAGCCAUUGGCUUGCCACUGUACCGUCACACUAUCCAAGGUAGCAGCCUGGCAAUUGGAAGAAAUUACAACAAAUGUGAAGGUGAUGAAGUGGAAGACCUUUACCAUCUUCUGAAAACUGUUAAGGAAAAGGAAGGAGUGGAAGGAGUUUCAGUUGGUGCCAUCCUUUCGGACUACCAGCGCGUCAGAGUGGAAAAUGUGUGCAGGCGGCUUAAUCUUCAGCCUUUGGCUUACCUCUGGCGUCGAAACCAGGAAGAUCUGCUGAGAGAGAUGAUAUUGUCUAAUGUUCAAGCCAUGAUAAUCAAAGUCGCAGCUUUUGGUCUAGAUCCAGAAAAGCAUCUUGGGAAGACAUUGGAUCAGGUAGAACCUUAUCUCAAACAGAUUUCUCAGAAGUAUGGAGUACAUGUAUGUGGAGAAGGUGGAGAGUAUGAAACCUUUACACUGGAUUGUCCCUUAUUCAAGAAGAGGAUAGUUAUUGAUUCCUCAGAAAUAGUUGUACAUUCUGCUGAUGCAUUUGCACCUGUGGGCUACCUCAGAUUAUUAAAGUUGCAUCUGGUGGAUAAACCCAAUAUACCAGCCAGCAUAGCAUUUGCUGAAAGGAAGCCCUGUUUGUCUUGCUGUGAUCAGAAGAGUAGUGUAGAAAAAGAGGACAAUAGAGACAUGUCAAAACCACAGAUCACUUGGAAUCUUAGCUCAAGUAGUUUAUCUGAUGUUGACAUGUUGAAUCAUUGGUCUGGGAGCACAAAAAAUGGGUACCAGUGGAUUAGUGCAACACAUUUUCCCAUGGUGGGGAAAAACAUUAAUGAUGCAACAAAGCAGACAUUCUCCCUACUUCAAGCGGAGUUGGCAACGAAAGAGUACGAGUUAUCAGACGUCAUUCUGCUUCAUCUGUAUGUGAAGAACAUGAGAGAUUUUGGAAUCAUAAACUCAAUCUAUGAGUCCUACUUCAAUUUAAAUCCACCUGCAAGGGUUUGUGUGGAAGCCUCGUUACCUGAUGGAGUGCCACUUCAAAUUGAUUGCCUUGUGCACAAAAAUAGGUUAACCUUGCAGGGUACAAUCAAACAGCAAAAGGAGACCAUGCAUGUUCAGAGCAUUUCACACUGGGCCCCUGCUAACAUAGGACCUUACAGCCAGUCAGUCAAGGUUGGAAAUGAGAUAUUUUGUGCUGGUCAGAUUGGAUUGAUUCCAUGCACCAUGCAGCUUAGCAAAGGAGGUGUCAAAUCCGAGGCUGUACUUUCACUGAGCCAUGUCCAAAAGGUUCUAGCAGCUAUGCAAAGCGGAACACAUCUAAAUCAUGUCUUGCUGGCAAACUGUUAUGUCUCAGACAAGAAAUACAUCUCCAUUAUUGAAAAGAUCUGGCUAAAAAACAUAAAGGAACACACACAAGAGGAGCAAACCAGUGGAGAGACUAAGCCUGGCUCUGGCCUGCUGAUCGUAGCUGUGUUUCCUCAUCUACCAAGAGAUGCUGCAGUGGAAUGGCAUGUCAUUGCUGUUACUGAUGAUCCCUGUGAGAGGAAAUCCUUCAUCAUAAAUAAAAAAUCCAAUGGUUAUGUAAUUGACUGUGAGUUGAUUGUGUCAAGUUUGAAGUCAAGUGCUGCUAUCUCAUUGGCUGUAAGUCUUCUGUCACCAUCAGUGACUGCUUUAAAUCUGAAGAGUGUGCUGCAUGAACUAGCAGUUGUAUUCCGGCAAGCUAUGGAUAAACUCCCUCAAGAUGUUAAGCAGCUCCCUCUGUGCUUCAAAACCUUUUACUGUGAAGAUACCAUAGAUCCCAGCUUUGUACGAAAAGAUUUGGAGAGAUCCCUAGAAGAUUUACUGGACUUAAAGUUCCCACUGCUGAUUUUGGUGCCUGCAGCAGAUUUGCCUGGCCUAGAAAUUCUGCAUGUAUCUUGUUGGCUGAGCAGCUAAGGACUAAAGACAGGAUGGAGAAUUAUGAUUACCCAGCUACUGUAAAUCCAUUUCCUCCCCCUUUUUUGAAAGAACGAAAACAAAAGCAGAAUUCCACCUGUGUUUAUAGUAGCAGAUCCAACAGCGUGCAAAAGAAAGAACUUCAAAUAACACUUUGGUCAACACUAUGUCUAGAUUGUAACAAAGGGCUUCUUGUUCAUGGCCAAGUUUACUAUUACGUUUAUUGGCAACCGAUAAAAGUAAAGCAGGACAAAGGUGUUGCGUAUUACUGGAUUUGUUGUUGAUAUUAAUCUAUGGAGUCAGCCAAAGGAAAGUCAAUCAGCUUUUGUUUUAAAUCUGUGCAGGUAGCAUGAACAAUAAUGUGUCUGAAUUUCAAUGUUAAAUUUAUAAUGCACAAAAAUAUAUAGUUGUUUUCGUUUCAUAACUAUUGUUAACUUUUUUCAUCUUUAUAAUCAUUUCCAUUAUUGUGUUAUUGAUGAGCAGCAAGUGAGUCCUUACACCAAUAGUUCAAUUAUUUAAUGCUUAAGUCUUAACUUUUUUAACGCCACUUCCUUUCCUCCUAUAAAGAAUUUUACACUGUGUAAGACAGCCUAUCUCCUCAGGCAUUUGCAAACCUUUUCCCAGUGGUGACUUUUCAUGCAUGUUCCUUGAUUCUGUGUGUGGGGUGUCAUAACCAAGCUUAACCCCAUUUUCACUGAUCUCAGGUCGUGCACUUUGUCAGAUGGCCAUAAGGGAUAAAAGUUCUCUAUGACUUUUGUCUCCCUGAUCCUGAAGGCAUUGCGACACUUCUACCAAUAUUUAAUCCAAAGAUCAGCUGAUUCAACUGAGUCCAGGAAUCAAGCAUUGGAUGGACAUUCCUGAUUUUUGUAAGUCAGCUACCCACUGUGUUAAUUCUCUAAACCAUAGAGGGCCAAUUCUGAGAUUAUUACAUGCAGCUAUACUUGUAGCUCAGCAGUGCAUAAACAGAAAAAAUGUUAUGAACAACCUUUUCUUUCUACUUAAUUCAGCAUUUGUACAAAAAUAGAAAGGCACUUGCCUAUUAAAGCUCAGUCUCCCCAGUGAGUCAUUUUGAUCUAGGACUUGAAAGUGUUAUGAAGCAUGCUUUAGAAGCUGUUAGAAAAGAGAUUCAUUUUCACUGGCUUUAUAUGUUGUGUAAUAAAUCCACGCAAGUUACUGCACAGGUUGAACAACUUGAGAUUUCCGAGGUAACUGAAGCUAUCUUGCUGAUGAAGAUAAAUUAUAGAUGUUCUGUUUUUGUGUGUGAAAUACCCAUUUGAUGGUUCUUUGAAGCAGUUCAAGAAUGGCCAAAGUUCGCUGUCAUCAUUAACAAAGGUCCCAUAUUGUAAAGGUUAUGAUACCAAACUCACCACCUAGAAAUAUAUCAACUUUAAUUCAAUAAAUCUGGUCAUUUGGGAGUUGGAAACUAUGACCACCAAAGUUACUGUUUGGAUAUGGUCCGCAAAUGUUCAUGAAUGUAUUUUUGAGAAGAUUUUGACCCUGCCAUCGAAGUUAAUCUACAAUUUACUCUGAUCGACUUUAAUACCAUCAUGUGUGACCCAGCAUGCCAUCGAUUGAUAAAUGCACACUUAGCCAGCGGUGCUAGUAUCCUGAGAAUAAUAUUUUCCAAUGGUGCUUAUCUUGUGUGUGCAUGUCCAUAUUCUCUCCUCCACAUAUGUAAUUUUUUGGUUUCUGUUUCCUUGCAUUAUAAGUUCUACUACUUCCUUGAUCAAACUAUGCACUGAUAUGGAACUAAUCACUGAUAUGCUAAAAUGGAAAUAUAGAAAAUCCUAGCAGGUCUAGGCCAUUGGGCCCUUUGAGCCUGCUACACUAUUCAUUACAAUAAUGGCUGAUCAUCCAAUUCAAAAACCUAUUCCUACCUCUUCCUGGUAUUCUUUGAUCCCUUCAGCCCCAAGAUCCAUGUCUAAUUCCUUCUUGAAAUCAUGCAGUGUUAUGGCUUCAGCCGCUUCCUGUGGCAGUGAAUUCCAUGGGCUCACCAUUCUCUGGAUGAAGAAAUUUCUUCUAAUGUGUCAUAAAUAUUGUAGUGUACUCCAAAUUCUUAGACUGUCACCGCUGGCUGUGGACUCCCCUGCAACCAGGAACAUCCUUCCUGAAUUUACUAACGUUAGAAUUUUAUACAUUUCCAUGAGUUCUUCCUCAUUCUUCUAACCUCCUUUGAAUGUAUUCCCCAAUCAAUUCAACCACUCCUCAUACGUCAGUUCCACCACCCCAUGCUUACACUAGUGUAUUCACCUAUUAUGAAAAUAUCAAUUUUCAUCGAUCUUGAGGAUAAAUCUACCUGUACAUGAUUGAAUUUUGAAUUGAGUGAUGUAAAUUCAUUAAUAACUGUUUUAUGAUAUCAGAAAAUCAGAGUAUUUAUUGACAACAUAGUGACCUAUGGAAGACUUUUACUACCCGAAUAUGAGACUAAGUGCAUUAGUUAUAACUAAUGACUGAAUUUCAUUAUGGGGGUUUACAUAGUCUUUAUUUAUGCCAUGUUUAGUAAUGCAGUCUUUUCCAUAUAGUAAGUUAAAGCAAUGUAUUUGGUCCAUCGUGACAUGUUAAUACAAGAUAUGUAGAAAUGCACCUGAAAAUAGCACUAAUAAGCCUUGCCUUAAGCCUAGUAUUCAUGGUUAGAAAAGAAGCUGAUUAAAUUAUUAAUUACUCCAGCCCAGGAUUAUUUGGAUAAUGUGAUUAACAUGUCAAAAUGUAUUAAUAUUAAAAAUUGUAAAGAAAACAAA